UACGUUGGUUAAAGUAGUCCCACAUUUUCUCAUUCGUACACAUUUUUUUUUGUCAAAGCAUCAUAGUUAAAUAGACUAAACAAUGCCGUGUGGGAAGAAUUUUAGAAGGAGAAAAGACUCCUCGGAUGAAGAAGAAGAUGAGACAACAGAAGAAGUCAGGUCAAAACUGGAGGAAGCAAAGGAGCUUCAGAGCUUGCGCAGGAGACAGAAUGGGGUCAGUGUUACGGCCUUGUUGGUUGGAGAAAAAUUACCACCUGAAGCUGAAAUUGAUAAUGAUCCCUUCAAGCUGAAAUCUGGUGGAAUUGUAGACAUGAAGAAGGUCAAAGAUAGAAACAGAGACAUGACAGAAGAUGAGACAGAUCUUAGUCUUGGUACUUCAUUUUCUGCUGAGACCAACAGAAGAGACGAGGAUGCUGACAUGAUGAAGUACAUUGAGACAGAGUUGAAAAAGAAGAAAGGUUUGGUGGAAGAUGAGGAACAGAAGGUGAAAGUGAAAAAUGCAGAGGACCACCUGUAUGAGCUGCCAGAGAAUAUCAGAGUCAAUUCUGCCAAGAAAACAGAAGAGAUGUUGUCCAAUCAGAUGCUGAGUGGGAUCCCUGAAGUUGACUUGGGCAUUGAUGCAAAAAUCAAGAACAUUAUUCAGACAGAAGAGGCAAAAGCCAAGUUGUUGGCAGAGCAAAGAAAUAAGAAAAAAGACCUUGGAACAUCAUUUGUACCCACAAACAUUGCUGUCAAUUAUGUCCAACACAAUCGCUUUUAUCACGAGGACGUUAAUGCUCCCCAAAGACAUAACAACAGACAUAAAGAGGAGCCUAAGCCAAGGCCGUUGCGUGUUGGAGACACAGAAAAAACAGGCCCAGAGGCACCCUCUCCUCCCAAUGUUCGCAAACGUCCCAACAAUGAAAAGGCCACUGAUGACUACCAUUAUGAGAAGUUUAAGAAAAUGAAUCGUCGAUACUGAUCAGCUCAAAGUUA